ACGUCACAGCCAAGUUCCGGCCCCGCCUGUUCCGGUCGGCGAUCGCCGGGGCUUUAGCUGCGGCUCACGUGCGUCCCCGCGCUCCCCCUGGCGUCUCCGCUAUGGACGCUCUGGAUCGGGUGGUAAAGCCAAAAACAAAAAGAGCCAAGAGGUUUCUUGAGAAGCGAGAACCGAAGCUCAGUGAAAAUAUUAAGAAUGCCAUGCUGAUCAAAGGAGGAAAUGCAAAUUUGACAGUGACACAAGUGCUGCGAGAUGUGUAUGCACUGAAGAAACCAUAUGGUGUCCUGUAUAAAAAGAAAAAUAUUACAAGACCAUUUGAGGAUCAGACAUCACUGGAAUUCUUUUCCAAAAAGUCAGACUGUUCUUUAUUCAUGUUUGGUUCUCAUAAUAAGAAGCGACCAAAUAACUUAGUAAUAGGUCGUAUGUAUGACUACCAUGUGCUGGAUAUGAUUGAAUUAGGUAUUGAGAAGUUUGUCUCCCUCAAAGAUAUUAAGAAUAGUAAAUGUCCUGAGGGCACAAAACCAAUGUUAAUAUUUGCUGGCGACGAAUUUGAUGUAACAGAAGACUACAGAAGGCUGAAGAACCUUCUGAUCGAUUUCUUCAGAGGCCCCACAGUACCAAAUAUCCGCCUGGCUGGGCUAGAUUAUGUUUUACACUUCACUGCACUGAAUGGGAAGAUCUACUUUCGAAGCUAUAAGUUGUUGUUGAAGAAAUCCGGUUGCAGAACACCACGAAUCGAAUUGGAAGAGAUGGGACCCUCACUGGAUCUGGUUGUAAGGAGGACACAUCUGGCAUCAGAUGACCUUUAUAAGUUAUCUAUGAAAAUGCCAAAAGCUCUCAAGCCAAAGAAGAGGAAGAAUAUCUCUCAAGAUACUUUUGGUACAACUUAUGGAAGGAUUCACAUGCAGAAGCAAGACCUAAGCAAACUACAAACGAGGAAAAUGAAGGGGUUGAAGAAGCGGCCUGCAGAAAGGAUCACCGAGGACCAGGAGAACAAGCCAAAGAGGAUUAAAAACAAUUGAUGGGAGUUAGCCAGUAACGGCUGUUUCAUUCUAUUCUGUUCUAUUCCAUUCUAUCUACUUAAGAGAAUGACUCAGCAUUGAUCAUUUCAGAGUUUCUCAAAAGAUUUUAGUGUCUAUAUUCAUGACUUGAUAAACUACCUAAACUAU